CAAACUUACAACUCAGCCAAGGGUAAAAUUAUUCAACACAGAAACUGGAGAAAUCAACUGGACUUUGGAUAUUGUUUCACCUGUACAUUUUCCUGAGUGGAGAGAAAGGCAGCAUUUUGAAACAUGAAGACUAUGAUUCUACUGCUUUAUCUUCUAGGAUCAACUCAGUCAUUACCAACACAGCUCAACCCUGCUUUGGGACUUCCAACAAAACUGGCUCUAGAUCAGGCAACUCUUCUAAACCAACAGCAGCUAAAUCAGGUCUUCCCCUCUUUAAGUCUAAUACCGCUGACACAGAUGAUCACACUGGGUGCAGAUCUGCAGCUGCUAAAUCCUCCUGCAGGGCUGGCGCCUGGUACCCAGACCCUCCCACUGACCCUGGGGGGAUUGAACACACAACAGCCACUGCAAGCCCAAAUGUUGCCAGUUAUUGUAGCACACCUUGGAGCCCAGGGUUCCAUCCUAAGCUCAGAAGAAUUGCCAAUGGCCCCACAAAUCUUCACAGGCCUCAUUUUCCAGCCCCUGUUCCCAGGAUCCACCCUGCCCAACAGUCAAGCUAAUCCAGAUGCCCAGAAUGGAAUCCUUCCUGCAGGGCAAGCAGGAAUGAAUCCUGCCAUCCAGGGAACCUCAGAAGGCUUCUCUCCAACUCCUAGUGACACAGAUGAUGACUUUGAAGUGACAGCCCCUACAGGCAUCCGAAGGGGCAUGCACACUACCCAGGAAACCACCACAGGGCCGCCAAAUGGAAAUCAGUAAGCUGUUUCAAUUUUUUUUCAACUAAGCCGCCUCAAAUGCAAAUCUUUUUCACUGAUCAUAUCAUGGAAUAGAUGGAGACACACUAGAGAGUAUCAGAAGAAACUCUUAGUUUACCUAACUUUCUUGAAAUUUCAGAAAAUAUAUUCUUCCUGGAGAAUAAUGACUUCUGAAAACAAAUGGGUAAAUUUGUCUUUGAAAUGUAACGUUAUGCCACCUUGGACUUGGAAAGUAUAUGUAUUAAAUGUAUUUUGAAACUGAA